AUGCGGGGUGUGCAAAUUUUCUCGGGAAAUUCCCAUCCCGGCCUCGCAGAUACUAUCUGCGAACGGCUGGGUACUUCCCCUGCUAAAGCAGACCUUGGAAAAUUCGCCAAUGGCGAGACAAGCGUGAACAUCAACACCUCGGUACGGAACCAAGAUGUCUACAUCAUUCAGAGUGGCAGCAGCAAGAUCAACGAUAGCGUGAUGGAGCUUUUGAUUAUGAUCUCUGCAUGCAAGGGUGGUUCUGCCAAGUCGAUUACUGAGGAUGCUGACGCGCAGACGAGGUACUUCCCCUACUCGCGCCAAUCCAAGAAGAAGAGCCACCGCGGUGCCAUCACGGCCCGUAUGCUCGCCAACCUACUCUCUAUCGCCGGCGUCGAUCAUGUCAUCACUAUGGACCUGCAUGCAUCCCAGAUGCAAGGCUUCUUCGGCAAACCCGUCGAUAACCUCUUCGCCGAACCGUUUAUUGCCCGCUGGAUCCGGAUGAACGUACCUGGCUGGAAGGACGGGGUUGUGGUCAGCAAGAAUGCCGGUGGCACCAAGCGGGUCACCUCGCUGGCCGAUGCCUUGAAGUUGAACUUUGGUAUUGUGACAACCGAUCGUCGGCGACCAAAGGUCCCGAUGACGAUGUCUGAUAGCACUGUCUUCUUUGACGCCAUGGAAGAGGACACUCGGACCCCCAAGGAACAACAGUUGUUUGCGAUCCACAUGCAGCGUGCCAAUGCCACACCGCCUAUCAUGGAGGAACCUGAAACUCCCAGCACGCCGGAAUCUCUGCUGCGUCCCGAGACUCCCCCGGCUGCCCGUCGGCCGUCGGAGUUGGAGGCUGCUUAUGAGUACACCGACGUCCGGGUCCGGGAUGUGGUGACCGGCCGUCUGGUGCAGGGUCAUCUGGUAGAUGAUGAUUACCAUGUUGACUCUGCUUCCCAGUCUGGUGGCACCACUCCCGGAGCUGGUAGUGGUGGCGGCGACGACAACGUUGAAAACACGGAAGUCGUUCCAGAUGCCAUGAUGAACUCUAUGAUCUCCAACGUCUCGUCAUUGCCCCCUGACCAUGCUUUGGGUGGCUCUUUCGAUGCAGUGGAAUCUGAUGAUGACGAAGCUAGCGUUGCUGGCUAUGAUCAUGAAAAGACCAUCACUCUGGUGGGAGAGGUGCGUGAUCGACCGGUCUUCAUUGUCGACGACAUGAUUGACAAGAGCGGGUCGUGGAUCGCUGCCGCCGAGACCGUUGUGAAGCGCGGUGGAGCCCGAAAGGUAUACUGCAUCGCCACUCACGGGUUGUUUGAGGCGGAGUCACUGGAUCAAUUGGAGGAAUGUCGGUCGAUUGAUCAUAUUGUCGUGACCAACACCUUCCCGAUCCCGCCGUCAAUGCUUCAGCGAUCAAAGAAGUUGAUCGUCAUUGACGUUUCGAGUCUUCUUGCUGAGAGCAUUCGGCGGCACCACUACGGUGAAAGCGUCUCGGCGCUUUUCCACCUUAACGAUUGA